AUGGACGAGGACAGCGAAGACGAAGACAGCGAUGCCGAUGAUUUGGAUGACGUUGAGGAGCCCUUGCAAUGGUGGAGUGACUUCAUGGCAUGGCUCAUGCAGUUUGAGUCUCUGAGCGUGUGCUUCCUCUUGGGCAUGUACGUCAUGCACCUCACGUACAACCUGAAAGUAUACAAAGACGAACUGAGCUAUGAUGUGUGGUGGUACCAUCUCGGCUUCCUGGUCCCGCUUCUGUUCUCGCUGCUUGUCUUGUUCCCCUUGGGCUUGGUGGAGCUGACGACUGUCCAGGCUUUCUCCGCGCCCGACCAGGAGGUGCUCCACACAAUCGUCUCCGAGGUCCGGCAGGCUCACACAGACCUUGUCUUCAUCCAGAACAAGGUCACGGGCUUGACGCAGGGCAAGGCGAAGGCACUGCUGCUCAAUGCGAACGGUGGUGACGAUACUGUGAAGAGGAUGGACUUGAUGAGCCUCUUAGUCUCGAUCGACGUACACCUGACGAAGGAGCGCGCCCUGGGCGUCUUCGACCUCGUGGACCAGGAGCACGAUGACACCGGUGUCACUCGUGGCAAGACCAUGAAGCUGAAGGUGAAGAACUGCCUCGAAGACGCGAUAGACACCCAGGUCCCUAUCGACGAUCUGCUGGACAGCGCCCGCAAGGCCAAGAUGGACGGCAAUUCGGGCAAGGAGGCGUGA